UGCAUCUAUGAAACUUGCUUUAGAAGCAAAAAAUAAGUUUGGUUUUAUAAAUGGAAAGUGUGAAAAAUCCACUGAGGAUGCUGUGCUUGCUAGUCAGUGGGAUAGAUGUAAUUCUGUGGUGUUAACUUGGCUGUUAAACUCUGUGUCUGAGGAACUUUUCUUAGGUCAAGUUUUUUCUAGUUUAGCUUCAGAGGUUUGGGAGGAUUUAAAAGAGACCUAUGACAAGAUAGAUGGUUCUAUGGUUUAUGAUUUGUUCAAGAAAAUAAAUAGUAUUUCUCAAAAUGGUUCAACUGUAGCUGACUAUUAUAAUAGAUUAACAACAAUGUGGAAGCAGUUUGAUGCUAUGCUUCAACUGCCAACAUGUUCUUGUAAAGCAGCUAAAGAUUACAAUGAUUUUACAAUGUUAAUCAAACUAAUGCAAUUUCUUAUGGGACUUGAUGAUGUUUAUCAACCAGUAAGAACAAACUUGUUAACCAGAGAAACUUUUCCAUCUGUCAAGGUUGCUUAUUCUGUGGUUUCUAGGGAGGAAUCACAUAGGUUAACUAGUAAUGGGUCAAAAGGACAGAAUGUUGCUUUUGUGUCUAAACCAAAUCAGUCUAUAGACUCUAAGAAAAGAACAACUAAUCAAAGAGGACCUAAUUCUAAUCUAAAAUGUACACAUUGUAAUAUGUUGGGUCAUACUAUUGAAAGGUGUUUUGAAAUCAUAGGUUAUCCUCCAGGUUUUAAGAAAAAACCUAAUAAUGUGUCUGGUAAAGGUAAGUCUAAUGCUGCUGUGAGUUCAUCUUCUAGUCAGUCAUCUGGUUUACCUUUUACAGCUGAGCAGAUAGCAAAGCUGUUAAGUUUAGUUGGUGAAAAAACUAGUGUGGAUUCACCAGGUGUUGGAGGAUUUCAAGUCAAAGAAAAUCCUGGUGACUGGUAGUCAGGAUAGUGGUCUAUAUCUUGUUGGUAAACAUGGUAAUUCUGUGAAUGUGUGUUUUAAUAGUUUUGUUAAGGCAAGUUUGUGGCAUAGUAGGUUAGGCCAUCCGUCUGAUCAAGUCCUAGCUGUGUUAAAAGAUAGUUUUGAUGUCAAAAGUAUUGAACAUGGCCCUUGUGAUGUUUGUCAUAGGGCUAAGCAAGUUAGAGUUCCAUUUCCUAUAAGUGAUCAUAAAACUAAG